AUGGCUUUAGUAUUUCGGACUGUGGCACAAUUCGCUGGGAUCUCACUCUCUUUGCUGGGAUGGGUGUUGUCCUGUCUUACAAACUACCUGCCACAGUGGAAAAACCUCAAUCUGGACCUAAACGAAAUGGAGAACUGGACCAUGGGGCUCUGGCAGGCCUGUGUCAUCCGAGAGGAGGUGGGGAGACAGUGCAAGGACUUUGACUCCUUCCUGGCUUUGCCCGCCGAACUCCGGAUUGCCAGGAUUCUCAUGUUCCUGUCCAACGGGCUGGGGCUGCUGGGCCUGCUGGUCUCCAGCUUUGGCCUGGACUGCCUGAGGAUUGGAGAGACACGGCAGGGCCACAAGAAGGGGCUGCUGAUCCUGGGAGGGAUUCUGUUCUGGGCGGCCGGGGUUGCGGCCCUGGCUCCGGUGUCCUGGGUCGCCUACGAGACGGUCCAGGAGUUCUGGGAUGAGACUGUGCCAGAGAUCGUGCCCAGGUGGGAGUUUGGGGACGCCCUCUUUCUGGGCUGGUUUGCUGGCUUUUCCCUCCUCCUGGGAGGGGGCCUGUUGGACUGUGCAGCCUGCUUCUCCCAGGCUGCCCCAGCUCCGGGCCACCAUGCAGUGGCGGAAACGAGAUAUCACUGUGAGCACCGGCAGAUGAACAAAGCCCAUCGGAAAAUCUAA